UGACAUUUGUUUACGCGCCAAACAAGUAUGAACAAUGCUGUGUGGCUUUUACUUGAGCGCUGUUUAGAGUGAAAUAAUUGUGCCUAUUGCCACCUUUAAGUGAUUUUGUUCAUUAUUUGUGUUUAUUGUUUUUGUUUUCGUGAUAAUUCAUAAGUUUUACCGGCAAUGCAUAAGUUUAUUGAACUUAACAGUGGAGUAAGUUUUUGCCAGUAGGCGCGAACGGCAGGUGCAAACACAAGUGACUUCUUGGCGUGGUUUUUAACUGAAACUUAUGCGUUAUGGCUGCUAUAACUCCUCGCCGUUCUUCACGCCUUCCUCAUACACAUACGCCAAAAAUGUCGGAGCGAAAGAAGAGUCUUUUUGUGCCAGAAACGCCUCCCAAGCAGGAGUCAUUGACGAAGCAUCGAAGGCUAUCUGUUGUUGAUAGUGAAGGCGAUAGCGAUGACUGUGAUCUAGGCAUCAUCAGUACUCUGGACUCUAGCUCUUGUGAUGAAAAUGAUCCCAGUUUCCCUAAAACACCUGAGAGGUUUCUGUGGCGUGGAACUAGAAGUCACUCGCAUAAGCUUAAUCAAACAACAGAUCUGAAGAACUUUAUGAAAUCUCCCUUUACACUAAAAAAAUACCAAACGCGUUAUUCCUGUCCAGAAAAAUGCACAUCCUCAUCAACACCUGUUACUCCACACUUUCAAAACCACCCUGGAACUCCAUCAUCUAGUCACUCUUGUACAAGUGUCCAUACAACUUCAUCUACCUCUAGCCGGGCACGAAAAAGCCUGGCCAGUCUUAUUGCUGACACAGAGAGUUGCAGUAGCUCUUUAAAAGACCUAAACUUUGACUCAGAUUCUGGUUCAGACGCUAAAGAGAACACUCCAACAAAAUCCUUAAGACGUUCCAAACGUAAUCUGAAAUUAACACCAAAAUUGCAAAGCUUCAAAGGGGUUUUAUUGGAGCAAAAGAAAAAUGUUACACCAAUAAAAUCUGCAGUAGUUUGUCUAACUAAAAUGGAUUUUAGUAAUAUCUCUCCAUCUCUUAUAAUGAAAACUCCUCAUAACACUACUGAAACUAAGGCAUCACCACCUAAACUCAGUCAUCGCAGAUCUCUAAUUGAGGUUCAAGAGAGCCCUGAGUCUGUUUGUGAAAGUGAAAAAAGUUACAAACGAUUAAACUAUGAUGACAAAACUGAUACAGGCCCCGUAUCAAAGUAUCCACGUCUAGAUCCUAGCACUGCUCCCAAAGCCCGUCUCUCUCUCUUUAACAGUGAGCGACUUAAAGAAAUUCUUUCCACAAAAUCAUUCUAUGGCAAACCAAACCCUGAGUUAAACCCUAGUAUUUCAACAAAAAUAUCUCAUGCUAUACAAGUGACAGCAACUCAUAAGCAUAGACCAUUCCAUCCCCAGUCCAACAGAUACAAAAGAAAGCCUGGCCAAAUUAAUAUGGGCGUAAGACAUAAAAUUAGAAAGCCCAAGCCUUUAAAGAAGCAAAUGGCUGCCAAAACCAAUUUGAUGGGAAUUAAUAAAUCCUUAGUAUCCAAUAAUACUGUAUCAACUAAUAAAGAUGAGUCUAUGAGUCAACAAGAUACAUCACAGGAAAUGGAGCAUGACAAAACAGAUCCAUUUGAUAAAGAAAGACAGACAAUCGAAGCAUUACUCAGUCAGUGGACUGAAGAGGAGGUGCCUGAAAAUGAACUGGUUCAUAGAAAAGAGCUUCCUUGCUUCAACAGCACUGUUAUCGAGGAGACUAACCCAAUAUUUGAACCAGUCAUAGCUGUACCAGUUAACAGUGUAUUACCCCAAGAUGAACCCGUGAUCCUUGAAAUAGGUCAAAAAUUACCGACAGCCCAGUUAGAAGCAACUGCAGUUCAGCUAAAUGAUCAGUUGCAAGCUGAUCAAAUGAGUGAUGCAGUAAUGGAAUCUCACAUAGACAGCCAUGGUGUGAUAUCAGACGGUCUAUUACCAGUUGAAGGUGGCUAUAUCGUUGUUGAUGGAAAUGUUGUUCAUGGUCAGCACGAAAUACCCGAUUUAGAUGAAAUCGAGCGAGAGAUAAAAAUGCUUGAUGAGCAAAUACUCAAAUUGGCUGAAUCAAAUAACAUCAAUGCUGAGGCAGUGUUGGCGUCUACGGAAACAAUGCCAUCUUCGUCAUUACCAGCUGAAGCAGAUCAAUCAACGAAGCUCUUCCCAAUCUUCACAAAGCCUAAUCCAGGAAUUUUGACAAAUAUGACUAAAGAAUCUCCGGAUAAAAAGAAGAAAUUUAUAAAGACUGGGAUCGAUCAGUAUGUGAUCGAUGCGGGGCAGAAGAAAUUUGGGGCCACGCAGUGCAGCGAAUGUGGCGUUAUAUACCAGAUCGGAGAUCCAUUAGACGAGCACGAUCAUCUUAUUCACCACAAUGCCACCGAUGUACUUAAAUUUAAUGGUUGGAAAGACGAAUACAUAGUAGAAAAGACACAAACAGGUCGUAUUAUUCGCGUUCGUGGUGGUGAUACGGGGUGGAAGAAAGUCCUCUCCGUGCUCAACAGGGUGGUCCAUCCUCAACUCGGAUACAGCUCAGAUUUGCCAGGAGAAACUCAUGGAUAUACAGCCUAUCUGUACAUUGAAAAGAAGCAAAUCGUGGGUUGUCUGGUGGUUGAACCCAAAGCCAGAGCUUACAAGUUACUUCCAGGAGAACCUGACUGCUGCAGCGUCGAAGAAUAUCCUGUCAAAUGCGGUGUAUCCAGAAUAUGGACCCACGCGAAGUACCGCAGACGGGGCGUAGCAGGUCGUAUGCUGGAAUGCGCACGCGCAUCUUUCCUCUAUGGAAUCGCUCUUACCAGACAGGAAAUUGCCUUUUCUUCUCCUACUCCCUCGGGCAAGGCUUUUGCCACUAAAUAUUGUGGCACCGAAAACUUUUACGUGUACUUGAACUAAUGUGAAUUAGAUAAGUGAACUGAAAUAAGUUAAGUGAAAUACGGUAACUGAAACAAAUAUGUGAAUAAGUGACUUAAAGGAGUAAGUGAUAAGUUAGUUUACUUAGUGAAUAGAAACUACGCUAUGUAGAGUUCUAGAAGUAGUGUAGUAUACUUUGUCAGUCAUUUGAAUACUCAACAAAAUGUUGGAGCUAUUAGAUCCAAGUAAUUUUUUUUAGGAAAAAAAGUGAGAACUUCCUAUGGUAUAGAAUUUUAUAUCUUGUUUAUGUUUCUUUGAUAAAAAAAUAUGUGAUAAGAUUCUUGAACUAGGUAAGUGACUUUUUAACCUCGAUUAUAAGGAUUUUUUAGAUAUUGACAUGGUAGUCACAUUUUUGUUUCGAUUUUUUUUAAAUGCUUGUUUAGUGCUAAAUGCAGAAAGUUUUAAUUUCUACCGCAUUUGGUUUUAGUUAUUACCAGAAAGGCACUUUUAAUUUUUUUGUAUGGAUUUUUAAUUUCUUGUGUUUUGCUGCUUUUGUCUUUUAUAGAAGUUUUUAAUGUAAUAUUUUCCAAUUGUGAUGCAUAUUUGGGACCAAUAUUUUAGUCAUAUUUAUAAGUGCCAAUUUAAUUUAUAAGAUGAAUGUGCCUCAGUUAGGUUAAGUUUUUAUUUAAGAUAUAAGUUUUUAUUAAAAAAAAGAGCUCAAAUACAUUUUAAAGUCUUAAGAAAUAUUUUUACAGCUCUCUAAGUGCCGUGUGAAUUUAUUCUUUAUUAAAAGCCUAUUGGUCAGAUUUGGUUGAUUUUUUGUGUAGAAAGUUGUUACUUGGAAUAAUAUUUGAUUAGUUUUCAUGUAAAAUUCGGACGCAAGUCAUUUUAAACCAUUAUAAUGUUUGGCUUUUAAGUUUUAUAUUUAAGAAUUUCAUAUUAUGUGUAGUUGAUAUGUCUAGAAUUCACAGAAAAUACGCUUAUUUGUCAUAGAGUACUUAGGCUUUAAGGCCCUUACCUUAACUAUUUGAAAGAUUGUUUUUUUUUUAAAUAUCUUAUAAGUUUGUCUUAAAGUAUAAUGCUUAAAAAUUUGUUGUGCUAUUAGUCAGUGACCAUUUGAAGAACUGACAAAAUGUUCUUAUGUGUAGUUCUUGACGAUACUCAUGACAAGAUUUUGACUUGAGAGCAUGGAGUUUAGGCCUCACUAUUUAGUAGUGUAUAUUUUUUAGUAAAAUGGUUUAGCGUGUUGGGUUGAAUGUAUAAUUGUGCUUGUUAAACAACUUCAUUUUUCAAUUAUGAAUUAAUUCUAAUGUUGUUUAGUGUUUAAAUAGAUGAACUGUGUUGAACCAUUUACCAUCAUAAUAUGCACAAAAAUUCUAUACUUAUGAGGGUAGAUAUUACAUCUACCCUCGACUUUACAAAAUUUGAGUAUGGUUAAAAAAAUCUGAUUAUUUCUUUAUUUUGUUAUAGAUUAUCCAAAUACCCAAAUGCAAUGUAGGAGCUCCAAAAGCCGUUCCCCUUUUGAUUUAAAAAAUAAUGUCUGAUUACACUAGUGUAACUAAAGUUUCUUCCAUUUAAAUUGAGUUUGAUGAAGAUGUGUCGAAGAGAUAUAUUGGUGAUUUAGCUAUAACAGUGUAAUACAUUCGUUUUUUAAGGGGUAAUUUAUGUAAGGACCUUUGUGAAUUUGGAUACUGUUUUAAUUUUCCAUAAGUUUUUGGAAAGCGGGGAUGAAUCCAAAGAAAGUGUACCUUUAACAAUGCCAUAGAAAUGUAAAUAAUAUUUAUUUGCGUAACCUCUGGAUGAUUGUAUCCCUGUUUUUAAGUUUUCACAAAGAAAUUUCGAUUUGAUUUUAAUAAAAGCUAUAUUUUAGAAA